UCCCAUUUUAAAGUGAGUUGGCUUAAUAAUUUUAGAUUUUAAUCCACAGUAUUCUUUUCUUUUUCUUUAUUUCAUUUUAAUUCGAUAGGUCUUGGUGAAAGUAUAAAUCACUGGAAGCUAGGUUGGGAGUUGCAUGAUUAUUGGUAUAUUUACAUGAUUAUUAGUAUAUUUACGUAUUGUAUUUAAUUCAAUCCUGCAAAAUUGAGGUUAAACCAUCCAUUUAUGAAAGGAUAGUUAUGUCUUAUCUAUUUACAUGAUAAUAAUAGUAAUUAUUAUUAUGAUUUGGGCUUGGCGUGGACAUAGGUGUCGGUGGAUAAAUGGUGGUAGGGCCCCGACUCCCGAGACGUGGUUUUCUUAAAAAAAUUAUUGUAAAAUUGUACAUAUUCUCCUUUGAAUUGGGUUAGCUUUUUGGCAUUAUCCAACUAGAAGUGUUGGAGAGUUUUCUAAAAAAUUUGAUCCCGUAUAUCAUAAUGUAGAUAUGAAUUAUAAGUUUAUACACCUAAAUAAAAUUAUUAAUUAGAUCAAAGUAUUGAUCUAUAUUGUUUUGCUAUCUGCAACUCAUUAAAAUUAUCGAGCAUUGAUUUUAUAUUGAUAUACUUGCAUGCAUGCGUUUUUAUUCCUGUAUCAAUGUCGUAUGAUGUGACGAAAUUAUAUCGAAUGGUAAAAGCAUAUCUGGAAAGGAGUAAUGUUUUAAAUUGACUACACUGUACAGUAAAAACUCUCGCUGUGAACAGUGAAUGCCGUGUAAUUCUAAUUACCAUUAGAUUAAAGAUGUAUGGGGAUCAACUCCACCUUUUCUAUUUAGCAGUUGUCGUAGAUUUGCAUCUCAAGAUCUGACGGACAAGAUUUUGACACGGUCGGUUGUAUAGAGGAUGUUCCAGAAUUGAACCCGCAGAAUCCUCCUUUUGUAGUCUUAUUAAAUUACAGGAAUUAAAUUAUUCAAUUUUAUAGAGAAUGUUUUUCAUGCUAGUGGUGUAUGUGCAUUUGGAGGUGUAUAAGAGGAAGAAUCCAGCAACAUCUUUCAGGAGGAGAAGGAGAAGGAGAGUUUAGAGUGAGAACUGAGAGGCCACUGUUUGGGAACUUGAACCAUUAUAACUUGCUGUGAUUGAGAAAGCUUCAGCAUCAAAUUUGUCAAAACUCUUCACUUGUUUUGAUCAUCCCAAUACUCGCCAUUGGCUUUUAAAGAUCUGGUUCUGAACUUCUCUGUUUUGUACAUAACACCCCAUAAUCUUCUUCACCGCUCUCCAAUUUUUCUAAACAGCUUCAAAUUGUAUCGUUAGUUGAAGAUGAAGUUCUUCAGCUGGAUGCAAACUAAACUAAAUGGCAGACACGAGAAGAAAAUCCCAAAUACAUUCUCUACUUCUCAGCUUAAAAAACAGGAGUCUCGUGAAGAGUUCAGCGAUUGGCCUCAUGGGUUGCUUGCAAUUGGAACUUUUGGCAACAAUGAGAUCAAAGAUGAUUCUGAGAGAAGACAAGACAUACAGGAGGAUCCAUCUUCUUCAGAAGAAAUAAUAGAUUUCUCUCCUGAAGAAGUUGGUAAAUUACAGAAGGAGUUGACAAAGCUUUUAUCUCGCAAACCGAAUCCCGAAAAGCAGGUUGCAGAUCUUCCAUUGGAUAGAUUUCUCAACUGCCCUUCAAGCUUGGAGGUCGACAGGAGAAUCAGCAAUCCCCUCAGCUGUGAUUCUGAUGAUAAAGAUGAAGAUAUUGAAAGGACCAUUAGUCUUAUAAUUGGCAAAUGUAAGGACAUUUGCGCCGAUAGUAAAAAGAAAGCGAUCGGGAAGAAAUCCGUGUCGUUUCUGCUCAAAAAGUUGUUUGUUUGUAGAAAUGGCUUCACUCCUAUACCACCACCAAGUUUGAGAGAGACUCUACAAGAGUCAAGAAUGGAAAAGCUCUUAAGAACAAUUCUCCAAAAGAAGAUCGCCCCACAAAACGCUUCUCGAUCUUCGUCGUCGUUGAAGAGGUACAUAGAGGAAAAACAGUCACCAAAAAACAGAAAUGAAGCAGAAGAAGAAGAGCAUAAAAAUGCUAAAGAUGGAUCCAAAUGGGUCAAAACUGAUUCCGAGUAUAUUGUUCUUGAGAUAUAAUUCCAUCUCCUUUUCUAACCAAUUCCCCAUCCAACUGAUUUGAACAAGAUAUUCAAACUCCACCCUUUGAUUUGAUGAUAUGGAUCCAACAGUUGAGAUGUUGUUCGUCACAGCAAAAAUAUAGAUCUGAUCGACGGUGCUGAUUACUCCUUUUUUUUCAUGGUUGUAUGUUACGAAAACAGUGCAACUCAUGUUAUGAUACAUCGUCAAAAGAGAUUCUAUGAUGACAGAGCUUUACAUUUUUCACUUUAUUUUACCAUAUAAUUCUUCUCCUUCUUUAAUGUUGGGGUCUCUCUUUGUAACAUAUUUGAGGCAAAUAACAUUUUGUAUUGUUCUAAAGUUACCAAGACAUUGUUGU